UCUUAGGAGAUCACAAGAAGCAAUAUCCUAGGCUUAAAGACUAUGCUCAGACUGUCAUGGACACAAACCCUGGGAGUAGAGUAAUAGUCACUACUGUUACUCCAGUACCAAAUGCAAAAAUACCCCACCCAGGCCCAAGAUUCCAUGCCAUGUUCUUUUGCCUGAAUGGAGCAAGGGAGGGGUUUCUCAAUGGGUGUAGGCCAUUCAUUGGUGUUGAUGGAUGCUUCAUUAAGCUCACUACAGGAGCUCAACUCCUUGCUGCCACUGGUAGAGAUGGCAACAACAACAUAUAUCCACUGGCAUUUGGCAUGGUUGGACAAGAGGACACACCUAGUUGGUGUUGGUUUCUACACCAACUGAAAAUUUGCCUAGGUGGACAAGUGGGCAAGUUUGGACCUUAUACUAUAAUGUCAGAUAGACAAAAGGGGUUAUUGAAUGCAGUGAAUGCUGUGUUUCCAAAUUGCAACCAAAGAUUCUGCCUUAGGCAUUUAUAUGCAAAUUUCCAAAAUGCUGGGUUUAGGGGUGAAGAUCUUAAGAAGUGCAUGGAUAAUGCUAGCUAUGCCUACAAUGAACACAAAUUUAAUAUUGCAAUGAAUGAUCUUAGAGCUGAAAGUGAGGAAGCUUGGGAGUGGCUUACUGCAAUACCAAAAAAACAUGGGCAAGGCAUGCAUUUGACACAAACUGCAAGACUGACUUGGUAGUGAACAACUUGUCUGAGGUGUUCAACAAGUACAUUCUAGAUGUUAGGAGAAAACCUAUAAGGACAAUGUGUGAUGGGAUAAAAGAUAAGCAGAUGGUGAGGUGGCAUAGGAACAGAGAGAGUGUAAAGGCAGCAAGAUGGGAUAUAACACCUCAUUACAGUGAGAAGCUAGAGGUUGAGAAGGAGAGGGCCAGAUAUUGCAAGCCAAUACAGGCAGGGGUCAACUUAUGGCAAGUUACAAGUGGGCAGCAAACACAUGCUGUCAACCUGGAACUUGAGACUUGUGGAUGCAGGAAGUGGGACCUUAGUGGCAUACCUUGCAACCAUGCCAUCUCUGCAAUAAACAAGGCUAAAAGGAAACCAGAGGAUUAUGUCAGCAAAUUCUUCAAGAAAGAUUUUUAUGUUGCAGCUUAUGAACCAAUGAUCUUUCCUGUGCCUGGUGAGCAUGAUUGGACAAGGACCCCUGGUCCAGACAUAGAACCACCUGCAUUCAAAAUCAAGAGAGGAAGAAAGAAAGAAAAGAGGAUCAAGGGCAAAUUUGAAGUACCAAAGCCAAAAGACACUUCAAGAAUGGGGACCAUAACAUGUGGCAAUUGUGGUCUCCAAGGGCAUAGGUACACAAACUGUCUUAAACAGUUGAAGCCUGAGCUAGCUUUGAGGAAGAAUAAGCAUGUGGCUACUCCAAGUAACUCACAACCAAGAGCUGCUGGUCCUUCUACUACAACAACAGCAAGACAGCCAAGAGCUGCUGCCAGAGGAGCUGCCAGAGGAAGAGGAGCUGCUACUUCUACUACACCACCACCAUCUGGAAGAGGAGCUGGCAGUGGAAGAGGAGCUGGAAGAGGUGCUCCAAGGCCAUUCAGUGCCCCUAGGCAAUAUGCUGACAUUCCUACUGAUGGUACACACACUGGAUGGAUGUCCUACUUCACUGC